AUGAGCUACACUAAAGUUAAAGUUAAAACAGUUAACAGCAAAAAAUGUUUAGGUUUUGAAGGAUUCAAUAAAAGACAUUACCCAUCACCAUUAGAGCCAAUUAUGGGCAAAGAGGAGUUUGAACAGGUUGUUAAUAGAAUCAAUACAGUUACAAAGACAAGAUAUUCAAAGACAUUUUUUAUACCAUUACUUAUCAUCUUUUUAGGAAUUUGUUUAAUAUUUAUUGGUCUUUUUAAGGGGCAAUUCGGUGUCACAGGCUAUGGUAUCGGGUUUGCUGGUAUUGGUACUAUUGUUUUAGCAGUUAUGAUAUUUUUAUUCCAACGUAAAAUUAAAAAAAAUAUUGAAACAUCUCUUAAAGAAGCUAAUGCUUAUUUUGCAGAUAGAAGAAUUUCAUUUACUUUAGUUGAAAAGCAUGGUAAACCAAGAAUGGUUAAAUCUGGUACAAAAGAAAGAGUAGAAAGAAGACAUAAAAUAUAUAUCGAAAUUAGUUUCCCAACACCAGGUGUUGAACAUACCGUUGCUGGUGCAAUUGGUGGUUUCAUUUCAAAUAUUUUACCAGGUGGUAAUAAUAGUGGUCUAUCAUUUGGUUUCACCCCAAAUGUUAAUGUUGGUGGUUACGACGUUCAAGCUCCACAAGUUAAUGUUAAACCUCAAUUUAGUGAAUCUGGUCGUCCAGAGUUUGUAUUCUCUGUACCAAGCGUAUCAAAUGAUUUUAAUAUUUCAAUUGAUGCCGCUGAUGCAACUAAAAAAUUACUUGAUCAUGCAAAUGAUUAUUCCUAA